GCAACAAACUGCAAAAGUCAUGUUUACUCGCCGCUUUAUGGCUUAAAAACCCUUAUAAUCUCACGAUUUAAAGAGUUUAAGGGAAAAUAAGAAACGUAGCAAGCAAGGACGAUGUUAUAUGUGGCAAAUAAUGGCGAAACGUGCAAAGAUCAGCUUUGUCAACAUCCCGAAUGUUGGCAAAGUAAUAUUCGUCGCGUUCGCGAAGCGGUCAGGCAGCGAAAUGGUAUCAGACAAGAGCAAAAUGUCAACAAACAAAGCGCUGAAAGAUUUGACGAUAAGAAACGGCAAGUAAUGGAAAGUAAGUUGGGUGUAUUUUAUUCUAAUUCAUAUAUUUUGCUUUAAUAUUAAUAGAGAUAUUCGAUGGAGUAGCAUAUAUAAGAAAUUGGUUCAUAAACUUUGUUAUUCAAAUGAGCUUUUUGAGAUAAUCGCCAUUUAAUAAUUUUAUUACACCUGACAUGCUAAUCCUUUAAUACUGAAUAGUUUCGAAAUUACGCACCUGAGAUUUCGAAAAUGUAAUUAAUUAAUAGUAAAUAAAUGUAAAUUACAUAUGGCAAAAUCCGAAUUGUCUUCAUCGGAUGCAGGGGUGGGGUGCGCACCCCCAUAGGUUUUGCACGCCCUCCAGAAAGUUUUCCCACCCCAGCUAGAAAAAUUUGCACUCCCUCAGAAAUUUAAAUGCUUGUUGGAUUAAUUAUGACCGCAUGAUUGAAAUUAGGAUUUUGAAAUAAUAUUCUAUUAUCUAUAGACUCAAAUCUAUUAUCUAAAAAUCAUCUAUAUAUUGUAUACAUGAACUUGUGGUUAGAGCUUGACAACUGGUCUUUGUAGCUCAGUUGGUUAGAGCGCUGCACCGGAGUCGCAGGGUGGCAGGUUCGAUUCCUGCCAGGGACCUAAAGUUGCAUUUUUUGCUUCUGUUCAGGCUGGUUAUUGAGGUCUAAUAAAUAUAAUAUAUAGAGAGAAUUUCCACUCGAUAAUUUCUGUCUACAAUGCCCUCCAACUAAUAUCCGCCUAGGUUGCUCACUGCCGACGUUAAAGAUCAUUGACAUGACAGAAGAUCUGGUCACUCCAUAUAACAGCAGCGACCAAGUUCAUGUAUUUGAUAAUGAAGUUGAGAAAGACAAACAGUUGCAUAGCUCUAUGCCUCAUCAAUCAACAAGGUGAGUUGACAUAUCGCUGCAUCAUCUCGCUUAAGCGGUACGUUUACCACAAUAAUUAAUUGGGCUGAUUCCAUUUUAUUAAGUAAACAAUAUUUGAAAAAUAUUGCUGUCAGCGUCAUCAGUCUGGUCAUCUGACGACAUAAUUGUCAACUGACAACAUUUGUCAUUAACAUUCGGCAAAACCUGUAAUCGGCCUGAUUAAUUGUUGUGUGUAAACGUAGCUUCAGUAUCAAUCCAAGAUUUUUGAGAUUAUUGUUAGAAUGACAAUCCAGUUAAAUAUUUGAGUUCAGUGCUAGAAUGAUAUUUGAGAUCAGAAUAAUAAUUAUAAUCCAUAUCCAGUUCCAAUUUAAUUUAAUUCAGUGUUGAAUGUUUUGAGCUCAGCCCUAGAAUGAUAACCCAGUCCAGUUAAAUAUAUGAUAUCCAGUUCUAAUCAAUGUUAGAAAAAAUUAUCCAGUUCUAUUAUUGAGAUGAAUGCUAGAAUGACGAUACAGCUUUAUUAUUGAGACCAGUGUUAUAAUCAUGAUCCAGUUAAACAUGGGCGUGCCGGAAGGAAAAAAUUAGGGGGGCGGAAAGAAAAUUGCCCGACAACCUCGUUCCCAGGGUCUUUAGGAAAGACCCUGGUAUCGGCUGGUCACGUGCCUCGUCCAAAAUUGAUUGCCCGAGGGGUGUGUGGUGAAAGUAUCAAAUUACAAACAGUUAAAAACAUAAAUUUUGCGAACUACCUUAGCAGUAAGUUCAAAAUACUUGCUAAUUUUUGUUUAUUUUAUUUGCAUUGAAUUUACAAGAACAUUCUUACAUUUUUACCAACAGUCAAGUCAAGAAACCAAGCAAAUCGUUACUCGCAGUGCUCUCUCGUGUUGUUUUAUUCAAUACUCUCUUCACUCUCGAGCGCGGUUUUAUAACAAACGUUUAUGGGCCUUUCAGUGGUCACCAUUUCUACAUAUCUAAUGUUUUUAAAACAAGCAUUAGAUUUGUCCUUUUUUGUAAACAUUGCUGUGCUUUGCACGUCUUGUUUAUAAGAUUUUUAAAAGAAACAGUAUUGUAUUGUAUUGUCUUGGACUAGAGAGAGCCCAAUAUCAGCAAAUGUAAACAUUUGAUACUAGCCAAACAGAGAAAUGUCUGUCAGUGAUUUUGGAUUUAGUACAUAAUUCGUAUUCAUUAAUUAUAGUAAGGCUUUAGCCUUUUUCUUGGUCAGAUAAUGUUUUCCUAAUAUGCAUACAACUAGGCUAUAAUCUACAUCACAAAUUUUGAAAUUUACAGUGUCAGGCGCGCACAGACUGCCAUACGAAUACACAUAAAUUUUCGAGUUUUCUACUUCUACUAAGGCUACUAACAGUUUUCAUUGUGUCUCAAUCAUCUGUUUAUUUCUAGUUCAAUAAGUUCAUUCAUAUUUCUAUAUUUAUUUGAUAGUGGCAUAUAUAGUGAUACAUGUAGGCUAUUUGCACACAAGCAAUCCUGGAUAUGAUAGAGACGAUACAAGCUGUCCAUUAAAAAAUAACGGUAUUCUAUUUCACAAAGCAAAAAAUUUAAAUUUCACUUAUAUUAUUAAGAAUAUAUAUAAAGCAGAAAAUUAAAGCUUGUGUCAAAACGAAAGCUGUUUAUAAAAUUUAUAAAUGUGGUAUAAACACAGUAGUAAACAGUAAGACAAAUAUAUUGUCGUUUGACUUAUCUUUGAUGUAUGACUUUACUUAUUAAAUACCGUAGAUUUUCAACAGACAGCUACACUUUGACAUAUACCAUGAUCGUUGAGAUCUUGCAGGAAAUUUUAUAGUCUUUUGACGGGAUUUAAGUUUUGUGAUAAGGCCUUUUAAUAUAAUCAACAAUCUCGAUACAGUUGGCGUCUUGGCGAUAUUUCGGAAAUCAAAAGAUCUCGCUAUUUCGUUCCAAUUCCACAUCUCAUCAAUAAAUAUAUUCUUUUGGUCCGAGUAUCAGGAUAUACUAUAAUACUAACAGUUAAAUAUAAAAUAUAAACCACAUUGGUCGGUCUAGCGAUAUGAAUUUUCUUGUAGGCUUAAUAUUGCCACGCCGCCCAGGCGUGCUUUCUUUGUAAGUUGAAAUCUGAUCCAACUUGCUUGAAUUGUAACUCAACACUAGAUUAUAGAGCAGAAAGUCACAUCACGAUAAAUAUUAAUUUUUAAUUGCAGUUCUCUUCACUAUUUCUUGUUGCAAAUUUAAAUUUCAUCACACAAAAUUGCAAAUAUUGUUACAAACGCGACAAACACGCUCCUCUCCCACCCUGCCCAUAGUAUCAUUUUAAUUUAUCACCCAGAAUCUGGGUGACACGUGACCAGCCGAAACCAGGGUCUUUCCUUCGCCUCGCGCCGUUCUAAGAAAGACCCUGGGAACGAGGUUGAUUGCCCGACUUUUCGAAUUCUGCCCGACUAGUAUCAAAAAAAUUUUUCCGGAAAAAUUAUUUUGGCGACCUCCCACCCCCCCAACCUCGUUCCCAGGCUCUUACCUUCGCACGCCCCAAGCUGCGGAAAGACCCUGGUGCCGGCUGGUCACGUGGCUCCCAGGGGCCGGUUGUAUAAAAAAGUGAUUAAAGUUAACUAUAGUUAGUGGAAACGUCAUCCAAUAAGAAGCGCGUAUUUGACAGUUAAUCACUAUUUAACUACAAAAUAGUGAUUAAAAAGUAAUUAAGAGUUUUAUACAACCGGCCCCAGGAUAUUAAAUUACCAAGGGAGGGAUGGACAAAUCUAAAUUACAAUGCUUCCACUUUGCAAUAGUAAAAUUCGUUGGCAAGGAGCGGACGUAUUGGUUUGAAUUGCAAAAAGUGUAAUUUGAGAGCACUUUAUAUCGCAAUUUGUCAUUGUAUAAUUUGUAUUGAAUACUUCGAGGAAUACUUCUUGUCAAAUUGACAAUUAUGCGCGCGUUUGUGUUCUUUUUGUCAUUCACAUGCUGCCAGGCCAUAGAAGCAAAGUUGAUAAAGAUGCUCGAGGAUGCUCGAGUUUCAAUGCAUUUCUUGCUUGUUUGGAAUUCGUUGUUCUAAAUAGCGCAUUUCAUAACAACAUACUGUACUGAAGCCGAACCAACUAAGCAAGUUCUUUGUUUGGAAAGUAUUUAUUUAUUUAUUCAAUUUCGCCAGGUUAAAUUACACGAUUGAUAACAUUGUGUUCAAACUUCGACAAGAGUUGCAAUUUAAACAUACAGAUCUCCGUGUUCUUGGGUCCUGCAUCAAAACAACUGUGCAGGGCUUUCGAAUAAUACUGUCGUAAAGCACACGAGCAAAUUUUAUUUUGACAAAUUUUAUUUGAUCAAAUGCAUUUGAUCAAAAGCUAGCAUGCUAGCUUGCUAGCUUUUGUUCAAAUUAAAUGCAUUUGUCACAAUAAAUUUGCCACAAAUUUAUCAUCUACACGAGCAAAAUAUCUUUGACAUUCAAUUUUCCCGUGUAAACGGGCCUUAACAAACUCUUAAAUGUACUUAAACAUAUAUUAUUUAUUCGACAAAAGAUGUUAUUUAUAAUUUAUAUCCUGCCAACGCUUAAUAUAUGGAAAGUCUCUGAUUUUCAUCUGACCCAUUGUUGAUGUUUGCAAGGGAUUAUAUUUAAUAAACAAGUCGAUUUUCUUUCUCCAUGGAAAUCAUUUGAGAUAUCUACUCAGUACGGUUCGUGUAUUGUUAUAGUUGUGUCUCCCUUGAAUUCACUGAUACAAGAUCAAAUAUCUCGACUGAAAUCAAGUGGCCUUCGCGCAUCUGCCAUUCUAUAAAUAUUCGCAAAAAAUAUUCCAUGGAGAAAUCACAAUUGGAUUGUACAUUUUGGGUUUAAAUGGGGAUUACUAACAUACGUAUACGGAUGACUAUAUUAUUAAUUGCGGUAAAGUAUAUUGGUAGAUGAUAUUCAUAAACAAUUGACUUACUUCUGUUGACAUGGGUAAAGGUGUAGCAGAUCUAGUUUCAUCACUCGAGGAGGACACAUUGACAAAGUCAGUGUAAAAGCCAAACUGCGCCUUCGACUUUCAACUGCAGCAACAUUUGUCGAAGAUCUGGCAACGGAUAGAAAAACUUCAGGGCAUCGCUUGGAUCGUGAAUCUUUUACUAAUGAUUUCUGUGUUUCGGAAAUUACAUUCUUGAACGUCGUUCACAAGGACGGCACUCGAUCGGCAGAUCAAAUAAGGAAAAUCAUCAACAUGUGGCAGUCUCUCGCCAUGAAUCAACUCCGUGUUAUUCAAAAUUCUUUAAUUUGUUUUGUUGAAGAGAUUCUUACAAUGUAUCUGAUCUUGUACACCAUUAUAUAAUCGAAAACGAGAACUAUUUUCAGUUGAUCCAGGAGAUCUUUUUGUUAAAUUUCUUUGGCGUGCUUUUGCUAAGCCGAUAUAGUGACAGUGAAAUAUGAGAUAUUUGUAAUCCUUGAGAGUAAUAUGAUACUCUUUCGGCUGCAACACAUGAUUAAUCUGUUGUUUUAACAUUUCGUCAAGAAAAAAUCUUUUAUUAUUGUCUCGUACAGUUAGAAUUUUACUAUUUUACAAAUUCAGAAACAAUUUCAAUACGUACAAAUCAUUUCUACCACCCCUCCCUGAAUAGCAAUUUAUUUUAGCACCCAAAAUCUGGGAGCCACGUGACCAGCCGGCACCAGGGUCUUUCCGCAGCUUGGGGCGUGCGAAGGUAAGAGCCUGGGAACGAGGUUGCCACCCCCCCCCGUCGCCAAAAAAAUUUCGGUCAGUGUACCAUUUUAGGGGUCAAAAAAUUUUUCCGGACAAGCAAUUUUUUUCGGAACAUAACACAAAUUUUCGAAAAAUCGCAAAAUUAGCCAAAAAAUUGACUUAAUUUUAGACAAAAUUGACUUAAUUUUAGACAAAAUUGACAGAAUUUGUCCCAUUUUUUAAUUUUAGACAAAAUUGACUUAAUUUUAGACAAAAUUGACAGAAUUUGUCCCAAUUUUUUUAUUGCAAGCCAAAAUUGCCCGACUGUUGAUCGAAUAUUGCCCGACUGCCCAAAAAACUGGGGGGGCUACCGCCCCCCCCCGCCCCCCCGCCCGGUACGCCUAUGCAGUUAAAUAUUCGAGUUCAGUGUUUAAUGACAAUCCAGUUCAAUUUUGAGAUCAGUGUUAGAAUAUUAAUCUAGUUGUAUGUUUCAGGUCAGUGCUAAAAUGAUAAUCCAGUUCUACCUUUUGAGCCCAGUGUUUGAAUGAUAAUCCAGUUCUAUUUUUGAGCCCAUUGUUUGAAUGAUGAUCCAGUUCUAUUUUGAGUUCAGUGUUUAUCUUUAAUGUCUGUCGUCGUUUAGAGCUCAGGCUUCCCACACCACGCCGAUAUCACCGAGCCUUCCAGAGAGACAUGCCAGUCGCUGGAAAGAAAAACUUGACAGCUUCAAUGAAAACAGUGUUGAUGAAAAAAUGACAAAAAUUAAUUUCCACGAAAUUUAUGACUACAAUGAAGUGUGUCAAGACUGGCAGGAUAUGUUCAUUUCAACAGCUUAUCUUGUUUGGUGUCCCUCGAAAAAGGUGAGGAUAAAUAGCCAUUCACAAUACACCCAUCCAGAAAGUGCUCAAUCUUGCGUUUACGUCAUCAGCCGACUGGUACCCGGACAUUUUGCCGAACAGACAUUUUGCCGAACGGACAGUUUGCCGUCGGAAAACUUGCCGAAAAUAGAGACGUUAUUUCGUCAAAAUAUUUGGGCCUGUGACUCAUUUCUCAACUGUGUAAUUCUCAACUAUUGUGUAAAAUAACCAUUAUAUGCAUGGUCAUUAGCAGUGCAUAACGGGGGUCAUUAGGGCAGCCGUUAGUUAAGUUACUUGGUUAAUUCUAAUCCUAGCCCUAAUCGCUUCGAGGGUAGGAUCUUGUUACUUGAUAACAGUGCCGCCGAGAUGGGUGGGGCAGCGAGGAGGGCAUUUUGGUGCGAACAGUUGCGGUGUGCGAGAGAUACAACCACCUGGAAAAUAUAAGCAGAGCUUCAACAUAUCCUGCGAAGGCCCUUUGUCGGGAAGUUAGUGUAAUGACGUAAUAGUGACGUCAUGCUUUAGAAGCAUGCGCACUUAUAAAUAUAGGGAUAAGGAAUACAUAGAGAAUAAUACAUGGGUGCGCGGAAAUACCAGAUUUAUUUCGAGUGUUGAACAUGAUAUCUCACGAGUGAGCGCAGCGAACGAGUGAGAUAUCAUGUUCAACACGAGAAAUAAAUCUGGUAUUUCCAAGCACCCAUGUAUUUUUCUGUUUAUUAUAUAAACAAAAUUCAGUGACAAACAAUAAAACGUCCGUGGCAAUGCGUUUUACAAGAAAUGAUAUUUUCACACGUAAAAAUAUCGUAUUUUUUACGUGUGUUUAAAUACGAUUUUUCUCAGUGGCCAAAAACUCUAUAUAACACUUAUGUUUAUAUAAUAAAUGUGUUUAUGCAUCGAAGGCAAUACCGUAUUACAGUUAGUUACCCCAACGAGGGGUCUUCGCUCUAAACGUCGAAGUACUGCUUAUAUUUUUGUUGUCAAGGCGCUUGAUCAAGGCGCUUGAUCUGAGGAUUGCGCCAUCGAACCUCUGCAAUACCUGAGUUGUUGACAUAGAUCACACUGGUUAAAGCAAGAAGACAAAUAACCAUACAACUUUCAGAAAUCUUGCUCGUUGCCAUCUAGAAUUUGAACAAAAGAAUUCUCCUUUAAAAAAUGGAAUUCAAACUUUCACUGAUAACUAACAACAUACAAAGCUUUUGAUCUUAUCACCAGGAUAUUCAUUAGCGCAAUACCUACCGAGGUUCUCUAGUCAAUAUGGCGUAACCAAUAUGUGUUUCUCUAUCUCGUGUGGACGUAGUGGUCAACCUGCAGUUACCAGAGUAGAAAAGUGAAAAAGCUGCCGUUAACAGUGCAUAACCAUGCAUAUUGACUAUUGGUAGCUUGUUUGUGCAGCGGAUGACUCAUUUGUUAUAGGAACGUGUUUUGACGUCAGGUCGUAAACAAACAAGCGUAUAUAAAGACAACGACGUAAGCGAAUUUCACUUCAAGCGGCGCGCGAGAUGCAUUAUAAUAUAAAGGCAAUUUUCCAUUGCGGUCUCUUUGCCCGCGCGGGUGGAGCGACCAAUUUUAAUCGCGUGAAAAAUCAGCCAAGAAAGUUGAAUGUAGUUCUACUUUCAUCGCCCAUCCAGGCCUUAAAAUAUCGGUCGGUCACGGACAUUGUCCGACCCAUUCGUGAAAUUGUCCAACGUAGAAAGGAAACCACCGGACAUUCUGUCCGAGCUAAGUGAAACUUGGGUUUACUGUUUGUCCGACCCGAGUGUAUUGGUGUCCAACCAAGCUGUAGCUUUGUCCAACGUAAAUCAAAAUGUACUCUUCACGGAUUUUUGAAAUAAGUAGGGUGCCCAUUCCAGAGCCAGUGCCCCCUCCAAGAGAAUGUGUUGGUUGAAAACCUUGCAAGCAAUCACAGCUAGCUUUCUGAUUCUUUACGGACAACAUCGAGAACAGAGUCUAUCAGUUAACAUACUGCUAUUCUGGAAAGCAAGUUAAUUUUGGUUUGGGAAUAAGUAUGAAAGAAACAAAAAAUUUAAUAUCUUCACAACAAUAUCUUCACAACAUUUACCGUUCAGAAUUAAUACAUUGUGCUGACAUUUAUUUGUGUCAUUCAGACUUAUUUCCGAGUCAAAACUGAACUGAAGGUCAUCGGACAUAUGUCCGACCCAAACUCAACGUCAUCGGGCAUUUUGUCAGACGGUUCUGUGAAAGAUAUUUUAUCGCCAUGAUGGCGUGUCCGCGAGCAUUCAGACGGACAAAAAACGCAUAAGUUCGACAACUACAGAGAAAGUUGAGUAAUGUUCGUUCCGCCCGCGCAGGCAAAGCGACUGCAAUGGAAAAUGGCCUUAACGCGGGAAAGCUCGCGCGCCGCGCUUGAUCUCGUCCAGGGCCCUGAUCUCGUUGCUUCGGGACUCUAUAACAAACGUACUUGCAGGGAGGUGAGUCCGGGAUUGGACGCACCGAGGGUGGCUGGAAGUUUCCCGAACUUACCGAGCGAAGCGAGGUGAGUUCGGGAAACUUCCAGCUACCCGAGGUGCGUCCAAUCCCGGACUCACCAAACCUGCAAGUACGUUUGGUUUUUAUCCCAUACACCGAGCCAUACACACAUUUGUAGCUCUUCGCGAUAUAUUCGUCGAUGUUUUGUGAACAUUUUCCCGGCCAAAAAAAUCACUGGGCAAGAAAAUACUUCUUUAGCUACGUCUACAUUACCUUUACUGCAUUUUUUCUUUGGUUUUUCUUCAGUCUCAGUAUGUUAGUCACCGAAAAAAGUUCUUUAAAGUUUAGGUUUAUCGGCUAAAUCUUGUCCGCCAUAUUUGUUUAAUAUUGUUAUUGCAACGUAAGCAGUUUAGCGGGUGAGUUCGGGCGAAAAGCAGGUGAGUUCGGCAAAAAGCAGGUGAGCUCGACGACAAGCUCACCUGCUCUAAACCAAUCAGAAAGCCGCUUUUAACACACGUAUGGGAUAAGGACUCUAGAGAGAUGGACUUGAUCCAAGUCUAGUACAAUUGUUUGUGCUUUGCAUUUGAAAUAUAAUAUAAUUUCUCGGCGCUUAUUUUAUAUUUUCACGACAUUUUGUAAUGUAUUUUAACGUUUCAAACGACUUAAAAUCUUUUUGUGUUUUGGCGCCAUUUCUGUGUUAUCCAGCAAUUAUGCAGCAAAUGCCGGGUAACUCACCUCCAUGUAAACAGGCCGGAACAGGAGAACGAAUGAGACAUCCCAGGACGCUUUCGGCCGUCCGUGAGAUACAUUCCUGAAGGGCGGAAAGUAAUGCUUGUCGAAGUAAGACCAUGAAGUCUUGGGGGAAAUUUCUGCUGUCGUUAUUUUAACUGUGACAUUGAUAUUAUUUUUUGACAGAAACGGCGGAAAAGAGAGACACGGUCAAGGUGAGGCUUUUUCAAAUGAGAUUUCAUUUCUAAAACUAAAUAAUUUAAACGCAUGUGUCGUCGGAGGCUGUGGUUCUUUCCCUCCAUACUAUGCUGUUGUCGGAUUUAAUUUUGUUUCUGUAAUAUUUUCUCUUCUGCUAACUAGAAAAGGUUUUUGUGGCUGCUUAAUUAAUUUAUUUUUUAUUAUGCAGCUCCGCCGUAUCUGAAAACAAAAAUGGAUUUAAAAGUCCGAUUGAAGUCAGUAUGUUGCCGUUGCCUCCAGAAAGUAGCAGAAAGGUAAAAAUAUGACAAACUCAAAACGUCG